AAAAAACAAAAAUUAAUAAUAGUGGGAGUACAAGUAACAUUGGGGAAAAAAAAAAAAAAACAAAGAAAUUACAAAUUUUCUUUCUCGGCCUCCGCCUUUGGUUUCUUCCUUCGUUCUCUUGCUGCUCCUUUGAACGUCUCUUUCUCUUUCUAUCUCUCUCUCUAGAAUCUCGUAUAGCUUUUCCCAUAACCCCAAUUGUAAAAGCUCAGUGAGGGAAGUUGAAGGAUCGUGGGGGAAGGAGUUUUGGAGUGGGAAAUGGCUGGGAUUGUGGGUGAGGAAGCUGGAGUUGGAAGGUCCACGGAGGGCAUUUCAAUUGGGCAGCGUUGCCAGUCAGGUGAAUUGCUGGCGGAAUGGCGGUCCUCUGAGCAGGUGGAAAACGGAACCCCAUCAACUUCGCCACCUUAUUGGGACACUGACGAUGACGAUGAUGGAGGGCCAAAACCUUCUGAGUUAUUUGGAAAAUACACAUGGAAGAUAGAGAAAUUCUCAGAGAUUAAUAAAAGAGAACUUCGAAGCAAUGCAUUUGAAGUUGGCGGCUACAAAUGGUACAUUUUAAUAUAUCCCCAAGGUUGUGAUGUCUGCAAUCAUCUUUCACUAUUUCUCUGUGUUGCCAACCAUGACAAACUUCUUCCAGGUUGGAGUCAUUUUGCACAGUUUACAAUUGCUGUGGUGAAUAAAGAUCCAAAAAAAUCUAAAUAUUCUGAUACAUUACAUCGGUUUUGGAAGAAAGAACAUGACUGGGGAUGGAAGAAAUUUAUGGAGUUAUCAAAAGUGUCAGAUGGGUUUUUAGAUGCAACUGACACUCUUAUUAUAAAGGCUCAAGUGCAAGUCAUCAGGGAGAAAGCAGAUCGGCCUUUUCGUUGCCUCGAUUGCCAGUAUAGGAGAGAACUUGUUAGAGUGUAUUUGACAAAUGUAGAGCAGAUUUGUCGGCGUUUUGUGGAAGAGAGACGGGGAAAACUUGGGAAGUUAUCAGAGGACAAAAAUAGGUGGUCAAGCUUUUGUGCUUUUUGGUUGGGAAUGGAUCAAAAUGCCCGGCGCCACUUGUCCAGGGAGAAAACAGAUGUAAUUCUGAAAGUAAUUGUAAAGCAUUUCUUUAUCGAGAAGGAAGUCACAUCUACAUUGGUAAUGGAUUCCUUGUAUAGUGGAUUGAAGGCUCUUGAAGGCCAAACUAAGAGCAAGAAGGGAAGGGCAAAAUUAUUGGAUGCUGAAGAAAUGCCAGCUCCAAUUGUUUGUGUUGAAAAAGAUAUGUUUGUGUUGGUGGAUGAUGUGCUGCUACUACUUGAGAGGGCUGCCAUGGAACCAUUGCCUCCAAAAGAUGAGAAGGGCCCUCAGAAUCGUACAAAGGAUGGAAGUUCUGGAGAGGACUUCAACAAGGAUUCAAUUGAGCGUGAUGAAAGGCGUCUAACAGAAUUGGGUCGUAGGACGGUGGAAAUAUUUGUUCUCGCUCAUAUUUUCAACCAUAAAAUUGAAGUUUCCUACCAGGAAGCUGUUGCUUUGAAGAGGCAAGAAGAGCUAAUUCGUGAAGAAGAGGCAGCAUGGCUUGCAGAAAGUGAGCAGAAGGCUAAACGUGGAGCAACUGAAAAGGAAAAGAAAUUAAAGAAAAAACAGGCUAAACAAAAACGGAACAAUCGCAAAGGGAAGGAUAAAGGUAGAGAGGAUAGGUCUGGUGUUGCUGUGGUAGACAAGUACCAAGAGUCAAAUCUUAGUAAUGAGAAUAAGGAGUUUGCUGUCGAGGAGGUGCGGCCUGUGAUGGAAAAGCCUGAGGUUCUGGAAGAUGUCUCUGAUGUGUCUGAUUCAGUGGAUGGUGUUGCUGAAGUGCUUCAGCCUGAUUCAGAAGACAGAGAUGCAAGCGCGGUCAAUUGGGAUACUGACACCUCAGAAGUUCAUCCUCCCACCGAAGUCAGUAGCGGUGGAGUUAGUGGCUUGUCAUCUGUGCCAAACGGGACAGGUGAUAAAAGGAGCACAUAUGCAAUGGAUGAUAGUUCCUCAACAUGCUCUAAUGAUUCAGUCCCUUCAGUAGUAAUGAAUGACCCAUAUAAGGGAAACUCGUACCUGAACAAUCAAUUUGAAAAAUUGCCUAGCAGAGGGAAGAAUCAGCGAGGUAAGAUGGCACAUGAUGCGAGUUGGACAGCUGAAAUGGAUAAUCAGCCUCCUGAGCCUGCAUUAGAUACUGGUGAUCAUAGCAAUGUCACAAGAAGUAGCAAGGCUGCUGAUUGCGAGCUUGAGGCCGUUGUUCAUGAUUUGCGGGACAGGAUGGUGAAGCUUGAACAACAUGUAAUUAAGAAAGGAAAGGAAGACGCAGUUGUUUCAAUGCAAAAGCAGAUGAGUAACAAAGACCUGGUUGAGGUAGAAAGACCUAAAGAAAAGACAGCAGCUGUACCAUCUUCUCCCAGAAGCCCUCCGACAAGUCCUCCUAAAAAUGUACCAUCCACUGUUCAAUUGAAGUCAGAAAGCAAGAGUUCGGCUACCAUGGAUCUCAGUCAAGUUAAGAAAGCAUCUUCAAAUUGCUCACAGCAGGCUGAUAAAACUGCAACUUCAGCUACCUCCCCCCAAAAUGCUGGUAUUCCCAAAACUGAGAUCCAGAAUGUGCCAAUUGCAAAACAGUCUGACAAACCAACUCUAAAACAAGUCCCUGCCAUGUCAAGGCCCUCCAGUGCUCCUCUGGUGCCUGGUCCCAGGCCAACUGCUGCUCCCAUUUCUGUAGUCCACACAACUCCUUUACUUUCUCGUUCUGUUAGUGCAGCUGGCCGGCUGGGUCCUGACCCUUCACCAGCGACUCAUAGUUAUGUUCCGCAGUCCUAUCGCAAUGCCAUUAUUGGUAAUGCUGUUGGUUCCAGUUCAUCUGGUUUCACCCAUACCAGCUCUCCAAGUACAGGAGUGAACCUAUCACCAGUGCACGUGCAGCCAUCUACAUUGGUAUCUGCACCGAUGUUUUUACCACCAUUGAACUCUGAUAGGGUAGACCCAAACACUCACCAAUCUGGCUUUCCUUUUGGUAUGGUAACUCGAGAUGUCUUACAAGAUGGAUGCCAAUGGAUGGAGAGCUCUCAAAGAGAUGCAAGUAGAAGCAUGAGUGGUGACCCUUCUUCCCUGAUAAAUGGCAUACAAAACAUUGACUUGUACAAUCCUGUACGCAGUGGAUCACAGGAGCACUCCUCCAGUGAGUUCGCAGCCUGCACAUCUGGGCGUCAGACCCAAAGUGGGCUGACAGAUGAGUUCCCACAUCUUGAUAUCAUCAAUGAUUUGCUUGAUGAGGAACAUGCUGUAGGGAAGGCAGCCGAGGCAAGCAGAGUCUUCCGUAGCAAUGGGCCACACCUAUUGAACAGGCAGUUCUCUUUUCCAAAUGACUUGGGUGUAUCAGGUGAUUUGGGUUCCUCAACCAAUAGCCCUUGCAGGUUCGAGCGCACGAGGAGUUACCAUGAUGGUGGAUUUCAGCGAAGCUAUAGCCCUUCUGGAACCCAUUUUGACACGCCUAGGGAAUAUAUUCCACAAGCUAGCUCAAUGCCUUAUGCAAAUGGGCAUAUUGAUGGGUUGAUUUCAAACCAGUGGCAGAUGGCUGGCUCUGAUAUUUCCUUGAUGGGCAUGAGAAAUGCUGAUGGUGAUAGUUCCCCAUAUUUUAAUCCAGAGUAUUCAAAUAUGGCAUGCGGGGUCAAUGGCUACGCAGUAUUUCGACCUUCAAAUGGACAUUGAAGGAAUCUUUUCAGAGGGAGCUUGCCUGCAAGUUGGUGGGUGAUUGCCCGUUGUAAUAAUGUAUUGGGUCUUAGAAUUGGAGUGAGGUUGUAAUCUUUUCAUAAGAAAACAUUUUGUAAAGAGUGUUUCUGCUUAUCUGCCUCCAGCUUUUUAGUUAUAACGAGGUUUUGAUGUGUUUUCUGGGUUUGAUUAAUAUUUGAAUGAGCUUCUGAUGGAAUAUAAGUUACAACCCAUCGUUACUGACUAAAA